AUGAAUCAGAUAAAUUUUGCCCUACCUGGACAUUCAACGCCAAAAUUGUUGUCAUUGCUUUCAAUCCCUAGUUCUUCAGCAGCAGGACGCAAACUCCAGGAAUGCUACACCGCUGGUCACUGGCCUACCUGGGACAAUCUCAAAGUAGAGGUUGAAAAAUAUUUCAAACCUCAAGCUGAGCGUAACUGGGUGUGUCAGCACAUCCGUACCUUCAAACAAGGAAACAUGAGAAUGGAUGACUUUGUUACUCGGUUCCUGGCCCUCUCCAUCCAAGGGGGUUUAGGAAAUGAACACGCAGUGGAGCUGUUGGAGCGGUUCAAGCUGUUUAGGCUGCAGCCAGGACAGGGUGCUCCUAUGGAUAUUGGUGUGGUCCAAAGCGGACAAAUGCGCAGAUUCAAGGGCAACUGCUAUAACUGUGGCCAGGAGGGACACAUGUCCCAAGAUUGCAGAAAUGGGGUGCAGGCCGCCCAACAAAAAAAUAACCAAGGGUGCCAGGCGUGCCAAUUAGAAAUGGAGAAGCCGGACAAUUGGCUCAAUAAUUUCGCUGGUCAUUUGUAUGACAAAAUCAGGGCCUUCUUCUAUGAUUAG